AACCAGACCGAGUGCCGCGUGGAUCUCUCCUCAAAAGCUUGAGUGUCCGAGGAAAGAGAACGUCAGCAUUUGUGAAUCAGAUUCCACGGAAUACAAAACUUCCAAGAAUUCCAAGCUCGAAGAAGAAAGAACAAUAUCAAGUGCAAUCAUGAGACGAAGCUCCAGCAAGCAAGGCUUGCAGAACCUCCUGAGCUAUGAAAGUGAAUUCAAACCUAGCAGUUCGACUGCUGUGGAUGAGGAUGAAGGUUUCAGUGACUGGACCCAAAAGCUGGGACGGAGAACAAGGUCCAGAAUGGCUGAGAACAGCAGUGGAGGACAGUUACAACAGGAGGAGAAAGACGUGAAUGAGAGAUCUAGACAAAGUGACAAAAGCAGCUUCACCACUUCUAUACAGCAUCAGCAAAUACAGGACAGAGAGGACGAGGAGAAAAGACCAGAUAGGUGGAGGAGCCCUGAGAGACGAAUGGAGAUCAAUGAGAAGGUGAGCAGCCCGAGAUCAGAGGAAUGGCAUGACGACAGCAAAAGAAGACAACAGGAAAUAACACCACAGAUGGAGAACAAGAUGAAAGAGGAGCGGAAGGAGGUGAAGGUGUCAUAUAUGUCGAAAGUAUUCCUACAGCAAGACAGAAUGCCUAAUGGCAAUGGAGAGGCAGCUGCAGAGGAAAUUACAUCACAUCUGGUCAAAACCAAAAGAUCACCCAGCAGGACUGUAGAUGUAGAUCAGGUCUUUGAGACUAAGAAGGACAUGGACGCUGGUCUGGAGACCGAGCUGAAGCUGGAGAAGAUCAGACGUAGCCACCAGGAGAAGGAGAGCCAAGGAAUGGAGCAGCUACGGCAGGGUCAGGCCGAGGCUGAGCUGGAGCUGGAGGAACUGAAGAAGAAGAGAGAGGAACGACACAAGGCUCGUGAAGAGGAGGAGCAGAAGAGAGAGGAAGAGGAACAGCAGAAACUAGCCAAAAAAGAGGAGGACAAGAGACAGAUGAAGGAGGACAUUGAGAGGAGGAGAAUGGAAGCAGCGGAGAAGAGAAUGAAGAAUCUCAACAUCACACCUACAGAUGGCGAUGAUCCAUUUAACCCUCUAAACCCAAUAAGUCCAACUUUCAAGAUCACAGAGAGAACAGAAUCCUUGAAUCGAUCUUUAAAGAAGAGCAACAGUUUCAAGAAGACCCAGAGACCCGUACUUCUGCCCAAGAUUGAUGACAAACUGGAACAAUACACUCAUGCAAUUGAGAUCUCCUCUAAAGACGCAAAAUUGACUAAGUCAGCAGCAGUUGACAUGCCCAGUGUCUCUGCUCCAGUGACCUCCAAAAAAAACCUGUUUGAAGCAGGAGAGGCCUGGAGUCAAAGCAGCCCGAAAGGAACACCUUUGAAGGAUACAGACUGUGUGAAAGUGGGUGUAGCAAACCUGAUCAACCAUUGGGUGAAAGGAAGUCCAGAAGGCGGGAACAGACACUCCCCUUCCACACCAUCUGAUGUUAAACCUGGAGAUGUUCUGCAGAAAAAGAACAUGUGGGAAAUUUUUGGAGAAGGUUCUGCAGGAGAGAGGUCAGGACUGGGAGGAAAGGGCUCCUCCUCUGGUAAACGGUACAAGUUUGUUGUGACAGGCCAUGGAAAAUACGAGAAGAUUUCCACUGAUGGUGAUCAUUACAGUGUCUACCCGAAUGGAAAAGCAAAUUUUGUCUCUUGUGGCAGGCUGGAGUGA